AUGCGUUCACCAAUGAAAUGCAGAGCUGUAAACUAUGACGUCAACACGACAAAUUGCUAUUUGAUGUCUACUGCCAUGGCUGAUGUCGAAGCCAAUAUUGUUCAAGAUGAAUCGUUUGACUAUUACGAACCGGCAUGUUUCACGGAAACUCAUGACGAAGUCACUCAAAUCCUUUCUGCCGAUGAUAUUUUUCUUCUCCAUGAGCGAAAUAGAACACUCCGUCAGGAGUACCGUAACAUUCAGCAUUGGAAGAUUGACGAUUUGACUACGUGCUGGUUGUUAUGUUGCAAUGCCACCAAGUUCAUCUGUCGUGCGUUCUCAUAUUCGGAGUCAAUGCGAGAAUGCAUGCUGUCAUCAAGCAAAGUUGGAAUAGCCCAAGAUUACGAAAAGUUCACCCAGAAGAGUUCAGCAUUCAACCUUUACGUGCGACAUGGACAUGGAUCUGCUGGUUACGACCAUGCCACUACAAAAAGUCCGCCGCAUACCACUCAAGCGCCUUUCCCUACGUUGGUCCACGAUUCAGCGCUAAAACAAGCGAUUAGUAAAAAUGCGCUGGAGGAGCCUGUCUUCAGCUUCAGCAAUUCGCUCUUUGUCACAGAGACCAGUGUUCGGCGGACGUCUCCACGACCUCCCACGAAGGCCACCACAUCGUCAUUCAAAGGUCUUGUUCCUUCUUUGGAUCCUGAACUGCAGCAACUGACUGAUUCUGAGUCAAUCCCACGUUUGACUGCUUUGUCUGAGCACGUGGGUUACGUGCCACCCGAAGGCGUCAAGAAAUACACGGGCGCCAUUUAUGCAGCAGAACGUUUCGAACAAUGUCGAGUGUUCGUUCGAUCGUCAAGUCGAUUUGCGAUCUUCAUACCACGACCGCAACACAACACAUGGUGUAAUGCGCUUGAAAUAUCACACUAUUAUGUUAGAACAAGAAAUUCCAUUACACAGGACAACAUUGUCUCGGCUGUCAUAGUGAUGUCGAACGAUCGAGUCCUGCCUCACGACGUCACCACCAAAGAUGAUCUCUUCUUCCACGUCACCUGUAACUAUACUGCUACUACGGUCAACGAAGUUAGGCAAGGAAUCGUUGUCGGGUGA